UCAUAAAGUAGAAAACCAAGUUUCUCAUGGGAAUGAUGCAAUAAAUCUAUUGAAUCAUAGAAAUGGUUCUUCACGAAAUGGAUCAGUCAAUUGUUAUCUUUAUGGACAUGUGGAUCUCGUUAGUUGUCAUUCAUUCCAAGUGAAAACAAGGACCUCAAAGAUAGAUCAAAAUUGUUUAAAAAUUCGUGAAAAAUGUUAA